AAAAAAGAAAAAAAAACCGGAUUUGAGAAAGCCUUUCGAGCGUCUAUAAAUUGUCAAAGAGUACCAAACGGACACUACGCAUUGAGUGGCCGUUGAGUAAACUAUGGGCUCCGUUGCGCAAAUCAUCGUUCAAGAGGGAAGCAGGAUAUGGGAACAAAGAGAUAAGCGAACAGAUGGAUGGAUCUUGGCAGAUUCUCCACUAACGCCAAUCGUCAUUUCUUUAGCUUACCUCCUUGUGGUGAAAACAUUGGGACCGAAGCUUAUGGAAAAUAGGAAACCUUUCCAAUUAAGAAACAUUCUUUUCUUUUACAAUGCAUUCCAAAUCGCUUUUAACGGUUGGAUUUUCUGCAAGACUUGUCAACUGACCUGGUUCAACGGUUACAGUUUGGUUUGUGAGCCGGUCGAUUACUCCAACAACGAAGAUGCCCUGCAAUUAGUUUUGAUAGGCUAUUGCUUUUACAUCUCAAAGAUUAUCGAUUUUCUUGACACCAUCUUUUUCAUAAUGCGCAAAAAGGACAACCAGAUCUCUUUCCUGCACGUUUUGCAUCAUAGCGUUAUGCCAUCGAGUGUUUGGAUUUGUUUCCGAUUUAUCGUUGGCGGUCACUGUUGCUUUUUCGUCACCCUGAAUAGUUUGGUUCACGUUGUCAUGUAUUUCUACUAUCUGAUGGCAGCCAUGGGUCCCAGAUUUCAAAAGUACCUGUGGUGGAAAAAGUACGUGACUGUAUUUCAGAUGGUUCAAUUUGUCUGCGUAGGGUUUCACAGCUUACAAUUGUUGUUCGUCGAAUGUAACUUUCCAACUGCUUUUUCCCUAUGGUCAGUCGUGCAAGCGCUUUUGUUUCUCAGUCUCUUUAAAAAUUUUCAUUCCAAAGCAUACGCAAAAAGUGCUAACCUAGAAUCGAAUUCCGAGUAUAGCCCUAGCCAUUCAGAGAAAAAACUUUCAUAAAGUUUUGAAUCCGAUCGGUGCUAUAGUUCUUUAUACGUUUAAUUAUAGAGAAUAGAAAACCAACUACGCGGUUUAUUUGAUUUUCUCCGGUGUAAAUGUCUUUUUAGUUUCAGAUUUUUUCAUGCCAAAUACAUAUCGUUUGAUAACA